AUGGACGCGCGCGCCUCGGACGGGCCCCGGGCCCAGGCCGGGCUCCUGCUUCUGCUGCUGCUGCUUGGGCUGCUGGCCCCCGGCGCGCAGGGGGCUCGGGGCCGCGGCGGCACCGAGAAGAACAGUUACCGCCGCACGGUCAACACCGUCUCGCAGAGCGUCAGCAGCCUGUUCGGCGAGGACAACGUGCGCGCCGCUCAGAAGUUCUUGACCAGGCUGACCGAGAGGUUUGUGUUGGGAGUGGAUAUGUUCGUGGAGACAUUGUGGAAAGUUUGGACAGAAGUCUUGGAUGUUCUUGGACUUGACGUCUCCAACUUGUCCCAGUACUUUAGUCCAGCCUCAGUGGCCAACAGCCCUGCCCGUGCCCUCCUGCUGGUUGGGGUUGUCCUCCUGGCCUACUGGUUCCUGUCCCUGACUCUGGGCUUCACCUUCAGCAUCCUGCACAUGGUGUUUGGCCGCUUCUUCUGGAUCGUGCGGGUCAUCCUGUUCUCCAUGUCCUGCGUGUACAUCCUGCACAAGUAUGAGGGGGAGCCUGAGAACGCCGUCCUGCCGCUGUGCUUCGUGGUGGCCAUCUACUUCAUGACCGGGCCCAUGGGGUUCCACUGGCGCAGCAGCCCCAGCAGCCCUGGCAACCCCAGCGUGGAGGAGAAGCUGGAACACCUGGAAAACCAGGUCAGACUGCUCAACAUCCGCCUCAACAGGGUGCUAGAAACCCUCGAUCGCUCCAAGGACAAAUGA